AUGGACCCGAAACAUAGACUUAUUGAACCCAUUAUAAAGUAUCAUUGUCAAACGUUAAAAUUGACCAAAAAACUAAAACAAAUCUACAGCGAAAUCAUUUUUAUUGAAUUCACCAUUGUCUGUAUGGAAAUCUGUAGUUUGGUGUUUCGUGUAACACGUCCCAAUGAUUCAGCGGGAGAGGUGGCCUAUAAAUGUUUGUUUUUUACAGCAGUAGCUGUACAAUUGUACAUUUACUGUUACAAUGGUCAGAGAUUAGAGGAUGAGAGUUCUCAAAUAGCUUCUGUUAUCUACUCUACAUUUGACUGGUCGAAUUUAUGUUCAGAUUAUAAGAAGUUACUUUUACUCGCGAUGCUGCGUUCACAGAAAUCUGUUAUUAUUAAGUGUGCCUUCUUUAAGUUGGACUUAUCUUUGUAUUUAUGGGUUUUCAAGACCACCUGGUCGUUAAUAGCCGCCUUGAAGACAAUGCACGAAAAGGGAAGUUAA